UUACGACGCUUUCGCCGGCUGAGUACGGAGCAACGGAACGAUUCCAUGUCAAGUUUAUUCCCGAAAAACGAGAAAGCUGCCGAAUUAUAUUGGCGAAAUAUAAAAUAUAUACGAGUUUUUAUUAUCAGUCUGUCAACGACAACCGGAGCCUUCAAGAACAAGAAUCCUCCCCCGUUCCUCGCCCUGGGUGGAACAGGCGCCAGUAACAAUUCUAAGAAUGGCACCGCUAUGAUAAGGACUCCGGUGGGGCGGUGCGGCAGUCCCAUUGAGGCGGAAAUCGCCGUCACGAUAGAACAAGAAGUUGAAGGCGUCGCGAGUGUCGCGAUGAGUUCAUUAAAAGAAAUGGAAAAAGUGUGAAUUUAUUGUACUUUCGCUUCCGAUAUAAAUAAGUAGCCGGGUUCUUGUAGGCCAAGUAAUCAGUUCCCACCUGCUGUUCGUUCUGGUAUAGGGCCUACAAGUGGACGAGUUACUCAAGAGGGCUAGUUUCAAUAUAGUUUUUCAAGUGAAGUGAAGUAAACUAGUGAUGGAAGGUCGAUUGGUACUGGCACUGCUGGCUACGUGGCUGGCAAUGGCCCAAUCCGGGCUGAUUCUGCGUGACGAAAACGAAGUGGACACCGAAGUGGCGGCCGAGGAUGAGAUCGAUCUAUCUCACCUGGGGUUGGCCAUCUACGGUGAACCGGACGAGUCGGUGGGCGAACGUGUCAGUCAGUACAAUCCGGAAACGGAUACGAUGAACCCGGAAGAACUGGGAACGUACGUCGACGGGGACAUCUUGAUAGCGAGACCGGCUGGACGGAAUGGGCUGGCGGACAAAAGCACCCGGUGGCCGGGUGGUAUUGUGCCCUUCGUCAUCAGUGGAGGCUUCCAGGCACACGAGAUGCAGCUGAUCGAGGAUGCGUUCAACGAGUACCACAAAAAGACCUGCAUCAAAUUCCAGCCGCGUAUGGGCGAAAAGGAUUACAUUUCGAUUGAAAGUUCUAAGAGCGGUUGCUGGUCCAGUGUGGGCCGGAUGGGAGGACGCCAGGAGGUCAACCUGCAGAUCCCCGGUUGUACGACGAAGGUGGGCACAAUCGUGCACGAGCUAAUGCACGCGGUCGGAUUCCUGCACGAGCAGAACCGUUCGGAACGGGACGAUUGGGUCAAAAUUCAGACGCAGAACAUUCAACGUGGCACCGAGAACAACUUCGUCAAGGCCAAGAGUGGCACCACCGAUGCGUUCGGAGUGAAGUACGACUACGGCAGUGUGAUGCACUACUCAGCCACGGCUUUCUCGUCCAACGGACAACCGACGAUCGUUGCUAAGUAUCCGAUAAGCGGCACCGCAAUGGGCCAACGGGAGGGAUUUUCACGUAGCGACAUCGAGAAGAUCAAUCGGAUGUACCGUUGCGGGGGUGAUUCCGUCGAAACUGGACCACCGAUCAGUUUACCGUAUCCACCGUUCGGGUCGAUUCCCGGUGGUCCGAAUGGAUACUAUCCUCCUGCGCCGAAUGGAUUUCUGGGUGUCUAUCCAUAUCCGUCUGGGGGAGCAGUUGUACCGCAUACGUAUGGUGGCUACCAUCCGAAAGACGUCGAGGAUGAGAAGGUAUCGGAUGUAGUUGAAGUAGAUGUUUGA